AUUUUGUUGAAAUAAUAAAAUUAGAAUUAAGAUUUGAAAUGAAGUGAAUAAAAGAGAGAACCUAUGAAUGAAGAAUUUAAUGAAGUGUACAAAUAAUAUUAUAUCGAGAAUAUUAGAAUAUAUAAAAUUCAAAACGGAUUAAUAAGUGAAUAAUUAAUAAUAAAGGGGAAAUAAGCAAAGAUGAGAGAGGUGUUUAUCAUACUGAUAUUAGCAUCUAUAUGUUUUGCCUAAUCCCAACUGAGAGGAAGCCAAUAAUAAAUUGGUAUAGCUGCAAUUGAUAUGAGUAGAGAGAUAAGAUGCUAGCUUAGAAGAUUAUUCAUUUAUGCAAUUUCACUAUCAUACACCACCUAUGGAUGUAAUGAUGAUGAAUCACGAACUCGAGAUCUAAAGAAUGAUGGGAGUACCAGGAGUUGUGAUGAUGAAUUAUAUUAUAGAGCAAUCUCCAUACAAUCCAAUAUCAUCAUGGUGAAAAAACAUUAUUAAAAUAUAUAAAUCGAUCAUUUUCU